AUGCCGUUUUCGGUCACCGUGGACUUCAAGAUCAAGGAUCGUCAACAUCAGGAUCUCCGCCUAAAACCAAAAAAAGAUUACUUUAGAAACAGGAUAAAAUUUUUGUCGGGAAAAUUGGGGGAAUAUGACAGAAUAGGGACCUUAGUAAUAGUUUUAGAUUUGUUUUCAUACCUUUUCUAUUUUUUGACUAAUUUUGGUGAUUUCAGUGCUUCCCAGCACCGUCGGCCAGGCCUCUGGCCAAAACGCGGCCCGCACCGUUCAGGCCGAGCACCCGCCGGCGGUUGCGGGCUCCCCUCUGGGUGCCCAUCGCUUCGGCGUCCCAGGGGGUGAGGGAGGACUUAGCAUUGCUAGUCCGACCUCAGGCUCGCUGUUUUCGCGCUCGUCCGAAAACAGCGCCGGGACUUCCACGCUCCAUGGAGUCCCGUCAAUCGCCUCUUAUGAGGAGUUUGAAGCCUAUCAGGCAAUGAUGGCACAGAACACGCCGGAGCCAGGAGACGAAGAGAAGACCAAGCUGAGGGCGAAGAUGGAAGAGUUAAUAGAAGAGAAUCGACAACUUCUAAGGAAGACCGAUGAAAUGAGGAAGGCGAAGCAGGCCACAGAAGCCUUGUGGCUCUCAGAAAUGGAAAGAGCCCACAAGGCCGAAGAUGACCUGGAAGAGGCACAAAGGGCCAUAAACGAGUUGAAAACCAGCAACUACCGGGCUGGAAGGAAGCUCGAAGAAGCCAUAAGGGCCAAAGAUGAGGCAAUGGCCGAAUUGGAGAAGGAAAAAGAAGAAAAAAGACGUCUCAAAACACGUCUCAGCGAGAUCCUUCGUCAUGCCGAAGCCGAUGCCCGGCCACCAAGAAGCGACCGCUCGCGUAGUCCCGUGACACGAACGACGCGAUCGCCGACCACUGACGUCCAGCCUCCAGCGGAAGUCGCCUCACUUAAAGAAGAAGUCGUGUCGCCCCCUGUCCAGGAUCAGGUCAUGGAAGGCCAUGGACCACAACAUGAAGCCCCGGGGCCCCUGCGAAGGAUGCCCAAAUGCAGGAGGCGGUGUUGUUACCAACCGCCGCCUCCUGCGCCCCAAGUUGUCCCCCGGCCUCCCCGAAGAUCAAGGGAAGUCGAAAAGCUCGGGCCAGUUAUCGAGCCCGUUGCAGAACGGCCAAGGAGAAGCCGUCAGCCCCCGGCGCGACUUGUCGUCAACAUGGCACGCCGUAGCUAUGCGGCGAUACGGAGCUCUAUCAUGCCUCGUAAGUUUAUUGGCUCUUGUUUUUUUCGUUUUAAGCCAAACCCCUCUAGAAAUAAACCAAACUCAGGUGUUUUUUUGAAGAAAAAACACAUUAUCCAUGUAUAAUCCUCAAUAAUAUCUUUUUUCAGGCAGAAGAACGCAUGCUCCGCCUAAUGAUGCACCUUGGUUCCUUGGAUAAGGUGGAGCCAAAGAUCAAAGGCCAGCUCAGACCGGAGUGGAGAAGUGGAUACGGCACCCUUGCCCCCUGA